AUUGCCAUCUGCCAACCACUGCACUAUGAGACUAUAAAGAACAGAGGAGCUUGUGUCCAAAUGGCAGCCAGUGCCUGGAUCAGUGGAAUUCCCAUUUCUACUAUGCAGACUGGGAACAUAUUCGCAUUCCCUUUUUGUGGUGAUAACAAGGUGGAUCAGUUCUUCUGUGAAAUCCCCCAACUGCUCAAGAUCACUUGCAAUGACACAUACCUCAGUGAAGUUGUUAUUACUUCUUUUCUUUUUUUCUUAGGCUUAUGUUGCUUUGCUUUUAUAAUUGUAUCAUAUGUUCAGAUCUUCAAAACCAUGCUGAGAAUCCCUCCUGAGCAGGGCCGGAAUAAAGCCUUCUCCACUUGCCUCCCUCACCUCACUGUGGUCUCCUUGUUAGUUUGCACUGCCACCUUUGCCUACAUGAAACCCACCUCCAGCUCAUCAUCAGGUCUGGAUGUCAUACUGGCUGUUCUUUAUUCCGUGAUCCCUCCAGUGAUGAAUCCAGCCAUCUACAGCAUGAGGAACAAGGAGAUAAAAGGUGCCCUGAGGAAACUAACUGAGGGGAAGUUAUCCAAAAAGAAUAAAAUUUCCAGAUUUCUCCCAUGA